AUGACUGAUUUAUUACUUGAUCCUGCCAUCAGAACUUGGGUGUUCCUGCCAAUUGUAGUCAUCACAUUUUUCAUUGGUAUUCUCAGACAUUAUGUGUCUCUUCUUCUUAUGAACAAAAAGAAGGUGGAACUCGAAAAUAUCGCUGAUGGACAAUAUUUGUUACGAGCAAGACUGCUGAGAGAGAAUGGAAGAUUUCUCCCGAAAACGUCAUUCAAUGCGAGGCGGCAGUAUUUGUGUGCAGAGGAAACGGGAUACUUAUCGAAAGCUCAACAGCGUCCAGCAAAGGGACCAAAUCCGAUGGACCCCAGUCAAAUGACAGAAAUGUUGAAAGGAAAUAUGAUGAACAUGAUUCCAAUGAUUGUCGUCGGAGGAUGGAUUAACUGGACAUUCUCAGGAUUCGUCACAACUCGAGUUCCAUUCCCACUGACUUUGAAAUUCAAAGCCAUGCUUCAACGAGGUGUGGAUCUUGUGUCACUUGAUUCUGCCUGGGUUUCUUCUGCCUCGUGGUACUUCUUGUGUAUGUUCGGACUACGGUCAAUCUACACACUGGUGCUUGGAAGUGAGAAUGCCGCUGAUCAGAGCAAAGCAAUGGAAGAUCAAAUGGCAAUGACAGGUUCUGCAGUCAACCCACAAGCUGACCCACGCGCUGCUUUCAAAGGAGAGUGGGAAGCUCUUCAAAUGACUCAACAUCAAUUCGCUCUUUGA